CUCCUCUAAAACAGAGUGGAAAGACACCACCCUCCCGCACCACCCGAGGAAACUUAAACCGCCACCAGGUCACUCCCCUUCACUACAGCUCCGUGCUUCAGGACACCAGCAGCGCACCACAACACGCUCCUGCUCCCACAGGUGCCAGGACCUGUCCCAGCCCACACGUUCUUUGUAUCAGUGACACCAUCUGCAAGAGACCCAAGAUGUUGGUGCUGCUGGCUGGUAUCUUUGUGGUUCACAUCGCCACUGUCAUCAUGCUCUUUGUUGCCACCAUUUCCAAUGUUUGGAUGGUGGGCUCGUCCAGCUUUGGAACGGCCUCAUCAGGACUUUGGCUAUUGUGCAACAACACCUGCGUGGAGCUGUUCGUCAAGAGUGAUGAUGAGGCUUCCCUUAAAGCCGUGCAAGCCUUUAUGAUCCUCUCGAUCAUUUUCUCCGUCAUCGCGCUUGUCAUGUUCAUUGUCCAGCUGUUCACUCUGGAGAAAGGCAAACGUUUCUACAUCACUGGAGCCAUCAUGCUGGUUUGCUGGAUGUGCAUUCUGAUUGGAGUCUCCAUUUACACAGCUCGUUUCACAGGCAAGAUACCCAUGUCCACAACUACUCACCACGGCUACUGCUUCAUAUUAGCCUGGAUCUGCUUUUGCUUCAGUUUCAUCAUUGGCAUCCUCUACCUUGUUCUUAGGAAAAAAUAAGGCUGAUGGGUGUCCAGGGGAGAGGGUUGACUACUGGGAAUGGGGAAGAAUUGCUCUGUUGAGAGAACUGUUGGGCCAAUAGAAAAAGAUGGAAACACCCAUCAUGAUCACCACUGCCACCACCACAGAAAAAUCACUAACAAAGCUAGAAUACUAAGAAGCUCCUUCAUCAAAGACAGGGAGAAACAGCUCCAACUGAUCUAGCAGCUCCUGGGGCUGUUGCACCAGAAAUCUACAGGUGACCCAGACAUCUUGUUCUCCUUUUCUGCAAAGUUAUGUCAUACCUUCACAUAGCUUCAAGCUCAGCAGUGAUGAUUGAAGAGCACCAGAAAAACAAGGGCUAAGUCUUUUUCCCUUCCUAGAGCCCUUCUCACUUACCUUUCGGUGUGCCUUCUGGGUUGGGCAGUGAGACUUCUGACUCCUUUUUUUGUCCAUUCAGACAAAUGGGAUGGGCCUUUUGUUACAUUUUAUAUAUAUAUAUAUAUAUAUAUGCACAUAUGUGGAAGUUAAAGACAUGAAAUUGAGAAGCAACCCAAUAGAAAUCAGACUAAAUUAAUAUUAAAAAUAUUAAUAUAACUACUAUAGAAAUAAGGCAGCAAUUUUUGUUGCUGUUCUGUUUACUAUUUGACAUUCCCAUGGUUGAAUAUGAUUCAGGUAGGAAGGGCAAAUAUCCAGGUGUGUAUGAUGGAGGGACAGAGAGAGAGAUAGAGGAAGAGAAAAUGUGGGGAUGAAGAUACACAGGGGUUCCUAAUUACAGAGGAUGCAGUUGCUCAAUGAUGCACAUGCAGGGAGGGAAUAAUCUGGUUGUGUGUCUACAAUAAAAUACUCUCUUCAGCUUCAGAACAUGAUAAUAGCACCAUAAUAUCACAGAUAUUUAUAGAGACAAGUCCUCAUCUCUAGGCAGGGUUUUGAUUUUCCCACAUUGUCACCCAAGACAUGGUAUUAAUUGAGAGCCCCACCUUGUGACACAGCUAAUCUCAAAGGCAAAUAAUACUGGUGAGCAGAGGAAAUGUGUUCCCUGUUGAGAUAUUUGGAAUGAUGAGGCAGAACAUAUGAGUUCUGCUCCUUGCUGCACAACUUUAGGCCAGGCACUUAAUCUGGUGCCAAAUUCUUUCAUAAAACUAUACCUACCUCCCAGGGUUCCUGAGAGAUUUUGAGUCUACUCUGUAAUAUAAGGUCCCCAUGUAAAAGGUUGGCAUGGGAAAGUAAGACAUUGGUACUACUGCAACCUGAACAUUUCUGUCAAAUUGAAGAAUUGCAGUCACAAGUAGCAUUUAUAAGGGACAAGAGGUCAAAACAUCCUCUGACUCCAUCCACAACUAAAAGGCAGAGAAUAUGAAAAACCAUGCAGGUGCAGAUUGUGAAUGGAUGCUACUUACCUCUCUCUCUCUUUCUCUUUCUUUCUGUUACAUUUUCUUAAGUAGACUUUGUAAUUUUGGUGGUUAUAUUCUAGUACUGUAUGUUGCUGUUUCAUUAACAAAGGUUAUUUCAUAUAUAGUCAUUGUAAAUAUUUUGAAAUGCAUAUUUUUAACUUUGAGGGUAUAAAAAUAAAAUCUGAGUCCCUUUAUUAUAAA